AUAUUUUUAAAAAAAAUUUGCAUGGACCCAACACCAUAGCCAGAAGUCUAAAAGGAGGAGAAAAAACCAAACUAACCCAGAGGAGAGAACAGAAAGAGAGGAGAGCCCAAACAAAAGUAACAACAACAAGUUCAAUAUGUCGUCAAGGGUGAGGAAGGUGCUGCAACUGAACCAAAGAAUGAGACCCAAGAAAAGUAGGGAGACUAGGGAGAGAAACAAGAAAAGAAGAAGAAACAAAGAGAAGAGAGAAAACGUCCUGAAUUCGACUGGGACAAGACCAAGAUCACUCUUGAAAGUAAAGUACCAGAAUUGGCUGCUCAUCCUCCCCAAAAGCCAAACAAAGAAGAUCAUUACAAAUAAUUGGAUAAGAUCGACGAAGACAUCAGAAAACAAUGGAAUCAUUUCAAUGAUUUUGUUAAAAACGUUAAGGAAUAACAAACUUUGGCUAGACAAGGCAAUCAAGAGAAGUACCAAAACGAAGUGAAACCAUUAGGAUAAGUGAUUAAAGAAAAGAUUAAAUUAGUCAAUGAGAAAUCAUCAGAAUUGAAGAAAAUGAAGGGUGAGAAUGAUGAAAUCAAAGAUCAAAUCAACAAACUCUUUAAUCAAUCCUAAGAAUACAGACAAAAGAUGAAGAGUUUAGAUGAUCCAGACAGAAUUAUUGAGGAAUUGGCUAGAUUGAAGGAAUCACUCUAAUAAGAUAAGUUGAGUGCCAAUGAAGAAAAGAGAAUUGUACAAUAAAUAGGUGCCUUGGAAAGAUCACUUCCAUACAUUGAACCAUUGUAAAAGUUGGAGAAGGAAUAGAAAGUUCUUAGAACUAAAUCAGCAGCUAUUGUAAAGGCUAUGAAUGCUCUUUAUUAAAGCAUUCAAGAGUUGAAUGGAGAAAUCAACCAAUACAAGGCUGAUUAUGAUGAGUUGAAAGACAGUACAAAGGGCUCAGUUGUUACCAAAGAAAAUCCUCUUAUUGACAAGGAAAAACAAAUCAUUGAAACCAAAGUUUAGGAAUUGAAAGACAGAAAGGAAAAAUUAAAGAAGGACUACAACAAUGCUUGGGAUAAAUAUGAAGAUUAUGAAGAUUUGUAAAGGUACAGAGAGUGGUUCUUAAAACAAAUCAACAGAAUCAAGAAAGAUUCUGAGAGAAAGAAGAGGGAAGAAGAAAAAAAGAAAAGAGAAGAAGCCAGAGCAAAAAGAGAAGCUGAUAGAGAAGCUGAAGAGUAAGCAGAAGCUGAAGCCAAGGCUAAAGAAUUAGAAAACGUCAAUCCAUUCUAAUAUUAAGUUGAUCUUUGUGAUACAUUGAUCACCUAUUUGAAUAAACUUAAACCCUCUGCUGCCUAAUAACAAGCCCAAUAAUAAAAAUAAAUAGAUGUUGAAUAAGUUUUAAAGAGUGAUGAUUGGAAGAAAGAGAAAUGCACUGUCAUUAAAAAGGAAGCUGAAGACAAUCUCUAUAACUUUAGUCAAUUGAAAUCCAAAAAGAAGAACAAGCAACCACAAUAAUAAAAAGAGGCUAAAGAUGAGAAAAAAGAUGACAAACCAAGCAUCUUGUAACAUGAUUUGUAAACUCUCUAAUUCUUCGAUACAGUUAAAGUGGCAACUCCAUUCUACAUCACUGAGCUUGACAAUGUUGUCAAGAGCAUCUAAGAGCGUAAGGAGUAUUAUUUGAACCGGGAAAACUGGGGCAAAAAAGAAGAAUAAGAGACACAUACAGAACAAUCAAAAGCCAAGAAAUAAUAGAAGGCCUAGAACUAAGAUGAGUUCCCAGCCUUAUAAUGAAGUGCGUAUAUAUAUAUUACAUAAAUGGUACAUAUCUAAAUUGAAUCUC